AAUAACCAACACCUCGUUAAAAACCAAAGAUACUUUGAUAUCACAGGAAGAAUUAUUGUCCGAACCGUUCAUAGAGUGCAAGUCCGAUUGACGGAACAGCCAAGGGAGCUAAUUAUAGAUGUGAAAUUGGGGGAAGCCUGUAUGAGCAGUUUCUGGGUCAGUUUUGGCAGGGAUAUUACGCGAUUUCUGUGCAUGUUUCGAGUAAUUUAGACUAAACACCUCAUCGUUAUCAUUCCAAGGGCCAUGUUCCCAUAAGGGAGGACAAUUCAGCAGCUGAAACAUCAAAUCAGAGAUACACAAUAUUUGUUUUGUUGGUGCUGAACCAGAAGGAUGUCUAACGGUACAGCACACAUGAAUGGACCCAGCUCUGGGAAAUACAUAGAUACCAUAGAUCCCGAUGACCCAGAGUACGUCAAAGAAAUGCGAAGGCCAGCGGAGGUGAAGGAAGAUGUCCGUCAGAUGCACGAUCGGAGUCGAGUGUCGCUGAUCCUGAACAGCGAGGCGUUUCGUCGGGAGCUGGAGGAAGUGGUGGAUGAGCAGAUCAAAUCCGGCCCCCACCCAGCCAGUCUCCUCGCCCUCCAGCAAAUCACAGACCUGUUACUGCCCCACUCCAAGGGCCAGACGGGGUUGAUCAACCGAGGAACGGCCCCAGUAAUCCCUAUCAGUGACAUCAAAGGAACAGAUGGGCUGGGCUACUCCAAGGGGGAGAAACUCCUGCGCUGUAAGCUGGCCGCCUGCUACAGACUGGUGGACCUAAAAGGCUGGGGACAUGGUAUCUACAACCACAUCAGUGUCAGAAUUAACCAAGAACUGGAGCAUUUCCUCAUUAACCCGUUUGGACUGAACUAUGGGGAGAUCACUGCCUCAUCCUUAGUGAAGGUGGAUAUGCAGGGGGACGUGAUCGAGAAAGGCACAACAACACUAGGCAUCAACAGGGCCGGCUUCACGCUUCACUCGGCAAUCCACCAAGCACGACCGGAUCUUAAAUGUGUCAUUCAUCUCCACACCCCAGCAGCAGUAGCAGUGUCUACACUGAAAUGUGGCUUUCUGCCCAUGUCACAGGAGGCCCUUAUUUGUGGUGAAGUCAGCUACCACGAAUAUAAUGGCAUACUAGUCGACCAAGAGGAAAGGGACGCUCUACAGCGCCACCUAGGACCAAACAAUAAAAUAAUGUUUCUUAGAAAUCAUGGAGUUGUAGCCUGUGGUACAACAGUUGAAGAAGCCUGGCACUACGCAUUCAAUAUUAUGGCAGCUUGCGAAUCACAGAUAAAAGCUUUGCCCGCUGGCUUAGACAAUAUAGUACUAGUGGAUGAGGAAGUCCGACGGAAGACGUACGCUGUGGGAAGUCAGGGAGGUGGAGGAGUGGAUACCAGCGGCAAGAAGUGGAAGACGGGUGAACUGGAAUUUGAGGCUCUCAUGAGGCAGCUAGAUAAUGCUGGGUAUAGAACUGGUUUUGUGUACAGACAACCAAUCAUUAAAGCAGAAGUAAAGCGAGAGAGAUGUAAUGAUGAUGUAGAAAUCCCACCAGCCUCCAGUUCAUUUACAUACGUGUUCGACGGCGACUAUGAACACUCCAAGUACAUGUCGCCAAUUAAAGUUGCCAUUGAGAGACAGAAGCAGCACUACAAAGCUGGUUGGUUGAACUCACCCAACACAUACGUCAAAAAAGAGAUGGAAGAGACAGGAACAACCAACCCUAAGAAGAUAACAAAGUGGAUCCAGGACGGUUCACCCUCUAAUUCAGGAACAUCUGUAAAACUGGAAAACCCCAACCAGUUUGCACCUCAAGGAGCAGACCCUCAUGAGUUCAAGAAAAAGCAGAAAAAUAUAAGGAAGGAUUACUAUGAAGACAAGGUGACCGCUGGGCCACAGUCGCGGGUUCUGGAGGGCAUGACCUGGGAAGAGGCCCAGCAACUCCAGGCGGAAGGCAAACUAGCUGGGAAAUAUGAGGACGGCACUCUGAGCAUGGCCGGCGACAGUGUAAUCGUGAUUGGUGCAGCCUCCAAAGGCAUCAUACAGCGCGACCAGCAACACAACGUACAGGUGUACAAGUCUCAGUACCAGGCCAAUCCCUUCGAGAACAUGACCCAGGACGAAAUCGACCGGUACAAGGUCGAGGUGGAGAAGAAAGCUAAAGGAGAACCAGUGUCAACCCCAACAGAAGAUUCGUUAGAACCAGGACCUGAUGGUAAGCUCAUCUCCACAGAGGAGCGCAUGCAGAUAAUUCAGCAGCAGCAACAGCCGGAGACAACCCCUGAGAAGGCGGCCCCAGUAGAAGUUAAACACGCUGUAGAACCACCCAAACCCGCUGUUGUUGAUGAUGAUGACGAUGUGUUUGUUGAUGAGUCAUCAGCACCUAUAUCUCCUGCCACUAAUGGUACAACCAAAGCUUCCAGAAAUAACCGAUCCUCUCGAAGCUCUCGUGGCUCAUCACGAGAGACCAAUGUGGAUGACAUACUCAAUUCCUCCUAUGGGAGCCCCAGCAAUAACAAGGAAUCUGAGGAGCCUAGGCCAUCUCAAUUACAGCGCUCUGAGUCCACUCGAGAGCCUCCCCGUAGCCCAGAAUUGAUUGAUGAAUUAAAAAAGAAGAAUUUUGAGCGAUCUAAGUCGGAUCGCUGGGCCCGCGAUCACAAAAUAAAUGGCGAUGAGAAAACAGGAUCUCCUUCCAAGUCGGACACCCUGAAGUCGACGGACAGUGCCAGUGGAGGGGAAACUCUGGAGGAUCGCAGCAGUAAAGAGGGAUCUCCAACUAAAGAUGCACCAUCACCGACUAAGGACAAGAAGAAGAAAAAGAACAAGUUCAGGAUGCCAUCUUUCUCAAAGUCCAAAAAGAAGGAGAGCAAAGAGAGCACCAUCUAGAUAUCCCAUGAUGCCUGUUUCAGAUCUUCAUCCUUCCACACUGUUUAUCCUGAGGUUUCGUGCAGUGGUGCAUUCUGGGUGAAAGCUCAGACAGCAGACGCUUGCCAAUUGAACGUUUUGCUUGUUAGUCAUGCAGACAGUGUCAUACACUGAUAUAUAUAUACGUAUGAGCACAGAGAAAUCCUGCUUUACACAUUUGAAAUUUUGUGAAAACAGUUGCAGAUUUACACUAGUAGUUGUACUGCUGAAAAGACCACCUGUAAAAGCAAUAUUUAUCCUUGUAAAAUUCAUAGAUUAUUUGAUUUCCUAGCACGGUAACCAUACAUUCUGAUAUAAAGCUACAUUGAAGAUGUUGUGCCUUCAACAGCAUGUGAAAUUUUAUUAAGCUUCCAUGGAGAUAUGUGUUAGAUUUGUUUUCACUCCAAGUUUCGAUGUUCGAUAUGUACAUGUAGUAGUGGAGAAGAGGGCAGGAUUGUUAUGAUGUUGCCAUGGGAACAGUGCGGGAGGGUGAUAGUUGCUGGGCUAUGUAUAUGGUGGAGCUGUUUUUAUAUCUUGUGUAUGUUUAUGCAACUCUAUGCUUAUCUUCUCCAUUUUGAGCUUAUUUCGAGGAAGCAUUUUAAUUUUUUUUUCACAAACUGAUUGCAAUAUUGCAUGCUCCUGUUUAAUUUUUUUAUUUU